AUGAAUGAAUUGAAUUUCAACCCUUUUGAAAGGGAAAUUAUGUUCCACGUCUCAACUCUUCUCCCUACUGAUCCUGACGAUAAGCAACAGGUGGCCAAAAAGCGGCAUUUGGGAAAUGAUGUCGUCGCCGUGGUUUUCCAGGAGCGUAAUACACCCUUCUGCCCAAGUUUGAUGCAGACCAAGGUCACCCACUGCUAUGUUGUCGUUCAGCCCAUGGAUGUGGAUGGACCUACUCAGUACAAGAUUUCCGUUUGCUGCCGAAAAGAUGUUCCCGAUUUUGGCCCGAAGCUGCCCGAGCCGCCCGUGUUCAAAUCCGGCGCUUGCUUCAGAAAAUAUCUCUUGUGCAAGUUGAUCAACGCGGAGAACGCGUGCUACUCAAGCUGCGAGUUUAACAUGCUCAGGCGUAGAAACAGAUCUGAUCUAAUCGAGACUCUUUACAACGAGCUUUCUGCUGCCUCCGAUGGUAUGUCGACGAAACGCUCUCAUAUCCAACGACCACUCCAUACCAACAAGUCAUUCUUUGAUGCGAUUCAACAGAACAACAAGAUGCGCCGAUUGUCCUCCCAUUCGUCUGAGAAUUCCUCAGAAUCGACGCUCGUUCGGGAACAAAACAGAAAAAUAAUCCGGCGCUCGGGCAUUCGCCGAGAACUCGUGCAGAAAUAUAACUUGCAGAAGAUGCAAAACGACUCAGGAAUUUCAUCGAAGGAUUCGAGCUCAGAAAACGAGUCGCCAGCUGAGGAGAUUUCCGAUGCUAUUACUGACAGGGACAUGGACAGCAUCAAAUCAGAAAUCCUGUCUUUUGAUUUCAACCACGAAAAAACCAGCCUCAAGAGCUUCUCCCCCUCUUUGGGCACCUUGUCGAUGCAAAUCAACAGCAUCAAGAUCGGCGGAUCCAGGAAAGAGUUCGAAACAAAACGUGACAGCUUGGGCGAAGAAAUUUUCAUCGAUGACCUGGUGACCUCUGUAACGAAUGCGACGACUUUAACUACUUUCUCUUCCGCAGAUUUGAAGCCAAAUCGCGCCCCAUUACCACUUCCAAAAUCAGAGUCAUCUGCUUUAACUACAGUUUCAUCAGUAACGCCUGUAUCUUUCCCAUCUGUUCCGAAAACGCUCGCGCCUCUUAAAACUACAGCUACAGCUACAGUCGCAACUGUGCCAACCAGCUCCGCUAAACCGCAAAUUUCAACCACCGCUUCCGCAAGUAUAAAAAGCACAACAGGUCAAGUACAAACAGCAUCAACAACUGUCAAGCCCGCACCAAUCACGCAGUCCUCCAAAUCGCCCUCCACAGUCACUGUCAUCCCGAAAAAGGAGCAAAUUACAGAAGCAUCGAUGAAAGAAAUCAAAACAACAACAAGCACACCCGUAAACUACGAUUAUGGGUAUGAACCGAGUUACUACUACGAAAAUGAAGUGAGUGUCGUCUCAGAAGUAUCGUCUGUUGCAUCUCUGCCAGCACAAACAAGAAAACUUCCACCAGGAGCAGUGCCAAUGCCACACAUGCAGGCGUGGUAA